AACACCGUUGCCUGGUACGUGACCGAAUGACCUUUGCUGUUUAUCGUUGCAAAACUGAAUUGCGGUUCAUUUUCGCACCGAUUUUACCACUACUUUACACAGAAUGACGUUUUCGCAUAACGUUUUUGGAAUUUGAUUUGACAAGGCUAGCAAGAUGACAGAGAUUUUGUGCCGAUGGCUUAAUUCUGAUCUGUAUAUUUCACAGCCAGUUGAUCAGAAAAACUUUGCUGAGAAGUUUGCGUCUGGUUUUCUCAUUGGGGAAGUGCUCAAGAAAUAUGAACUUCAAGAUGACUUUGAAUCAUUUUCACAGUCCAGGACGGCGGACUCCAAGCUCAACAACUUCACCCGACUGGAGCCCACGCUACACCUGCUGGAGGUGCCCUUCGACACCAACACGGCCCACGGCAUCAUGCAGGAGCAGCCUGGCGUGGCAACACGGCUCAUGUACGAACUCUACAUCGCCCUGCACAACAAGAGGCAGUCCAACCUGACGGGCGUGGCCAUGCAGACCAUGCGGGCAGGGGCGCCGGUUAAGCUGGAGAGCCUGGAACGAGGGCCGUACAAAGAGCGUCUGAAGAUCCUGACCCCCCGACAGACAGACCUGAACCUGGACCAGUUAGUGGACAAGUUCCGUGAACGCAAGCGCCAACACCUGGACGUGGAGUUCCGGACCCGGUACGAGGAGGAGGAGAAGCAACGGCAGUGGCAGCAGGACGAACGGCUGAGGGAGCUACAGAAAGCCGCCGAUGCCAGGAAGAGACAGACGGAGCUUGUGGCAAGAAUCAAGGCUGCUACUGUUGAGAUGCCCAAGCCCCCACCCAACAAGACCCUGAAGGCCAUCACGGCCCGCCGAGAGGCCUCCUUGAAACGAGAAGCGUCCGAGAUGAGAAAGCAGAUUGCCAAGUUUGAGAACCAGCUCAGCCGCUCCUUGAACAUGACACAAGAGGACAAAGAUGCUGAUGAGGAGGUAGCCACCUAUCUACAGCAGCAACAAGAGGAAGAAAAGUCUAAGCCAGAAUUGGUCCAGUUAAUCAGGCCGGCCUCUAAUGACGAGUACAUCAGUAAGAUCAGGAAGCGUCUUCAGGAGGACGCCACCGCUCGGCAGGAGAGGGAGAAGCGACGCCGCAAGGUGCUGGUGGAUCAGCUCAAGGCGCAUGACGCGCAAGAGGAAGCCCGACGUGAGGAGCUCCUUGUCAAUCGCCUGAUGCGCCAGUCCCAGCAGGAGCGACGCAUCGCCACCCAGCUGCUGCAGCUGCGGCACGAGAAGGCUGUCAUCUGCCAGAAUCGCAUCUUCCGGGAGCAGCAGUACGAGGAGCGACGACAGCGGGACUUCCAAGAGGCCCUGGACAAGGAAGCCGAGCUUGCUCGCCUUGCCAAGCUGGAGUACAUCGAGCAGACGAAGCAGGACAAGGAACUCCAUGACAAGAUCGCCCAGGAGCGGGCCGAGGCCAAGUACCUCAAGCGAUACAACAUCUGCCAGGACAUAUUGCUGGACCUAGUAGACCUGUCCUGCAAAGUCGGCAAAUAUAGGGAGCUCACUGAAAAACAACUUCCAGCGAAACUGAUGAGAGAAUGGAAAAUGCUGUUCAGCUCUGGCAAACCGUUGUAUGAGCAACCAAUUGAAGGGCAGGAUGAGGAACCAGUGGAAUCUGCGGAGGACCAGUUACUGGGGAAGGAGCGCCAGUCGUUGCUGGACGAAGGAGACUUCUUGGAAUACCGGAACAUGGUGGGUGAGUGGCAGCCGCCUGUUGACUGCGACAUCAAGGGUCCUCAGAAGAACAACGCUGUGCUGGGCCACAUCUUGGCUCGUAUCUUCAGCAUCGUCUCGCCCCCAACCCCCCCGCCAGCAGCUCCAGAGAUUCCCCCAUUCCCAGUCAAGGCCUGUUUCCUGGGGAAAGCGUUCACUGGAAAAUCUUCCGUAGCUUCCCAGCUGGCUGAAGAGCAUGGCCUAGCUGUUCUGAACAUCGACGAUCUCGUCCGCGAUGCAGUAGAUGCGUACAAGGAUGGCGAGGUCAUGGAUGUACCGUCACCUGCACCAACGGAGGGGGAGACGGUGGAAGGUGCCGGAGGGGACCAGCAGCCAGCAGUGCCCAUCUCUACAGAGGGAAGCCCCUCGGGACAACCUGGCACCCCUGGAGAUGUCAAUGCGACCUCAGCCACACCUAAUGCAGUGACACCCAACCCUGAAGCUAAAGACAGCAAGGAGAAAGUGGACGAAGAGAAGUCUGACAUUGUCAAGGAGGCAGGGGAAGGGACAGACAAAGCCACAGAGGGGGAGAGUAGUGAGAGCAAGACAGUCAAGAAACCACCUAGUCCGACCAAGAAGAAAGGCUCAGCCAAACCGGAGCCGACAGCUCGAGCCAAGUUGGGUAAGCUUGCAUCCAAGUUCCUGCGCAAGGGUCAACCGGUCAAGGAUGAGCUACUGAUUGACAUCAUGGUUGAGGCUGUCAAACGGACCACCGAGGAGCACGGCUGGAUCAUGGACGGCUUCCCCUCCACCGUGGCCCAAGCCAAGCUCCUAGAGAAGGCCCUGAGCGGCUACGACGCCAACGCCAAGCCCUCCCGGUCCAAGCUGAGGCAGAGCCGGCUGGCCCUGGACCCCAACCCUCCCAAGGAUCCACCCCCGCCGGUCAGUGGCAUCGACCUGGUGCUGAUGUUUGAGUCGCCCGACGAGCUGGUGCUCAAGAGAGCUGCCGGACGUACAUAUGCCAGUCAAUCCAGUGAGCAGUACCAGCAGGAAUUCAGGCCCCCACCGGAGGGGAGCUGCACCGGGGUAGGCAAGCAGGAGAAGGUAUCGGCUGUCAAGGAUGCAGCCCAUGACCAGGAACAGAUCCAACACAGACUGACGGGCUUCCAGGACGCCUGGAAGAAACUGGACAAGUGGUUCAGCAGCUUUGGCAUCCUGCGCAAGGUGGACGUGGCCUCUGAGCAGCAGGAAGCCUACUGCCGUGUGGAAGACGUCAUGAUUGAGACAAAAGACAAGAUUCAGAAAGCUAAAGAAGACGCAGAGAAGCAAGAGGAGGAGUUACUGAAAGCUGCCACUGAGGGCAGCACAGCGGGGCCCACGUCUGAGGUGCCGACGACCCAGCCCACUGAAGGCAUGGACUCCACAGCAACACAGCGCGGCGAUACUCAGACUGGUGAUGGUGUCAUGUCUGAAGCAGGCAAGGAAUCCACACCCGCAGUGGCACCAGGAUCUCCCAAAGGAUCCCGAGCUGGUUCAGCAAAGCGUAGCAGGUCACCAAAGGGUGGCUCCCCCAAACGGGGGAACUCCCCCAAACGGGAGAAGUCCCCAAAGAGUGGCAAGCGAGACAGAGAGAAGAAGAGAGAAGGGUCCCGAUCGGGGAGUGCCAAGAGAUCCCCAUCUAGUGGCAAAGGCAAGAGGGGCAAGUCAGGUUCACCUAAGCGAGGUAAAUCUGGGCGUAAGUCACCCAAGAGGGAGCCAACGCCCGAACCUGAGCCAGAACCCGAGCCCCCGGUACCCACUGGGCCACCCCCACCCCAACCGGGCUCAGAAGACUGGGUGUAUGUGGAUGAACCCAUUGAUGAGGCUCUCGCUCUAGUCAUCGCCCCCCACUGGGAGAACACCGAAGCCACCUACGUGGCCAGCGCCAAGCACGUCUUCCACAACAUCCGCGAUGAACGCGAGAACAUCUACCACUACUUCUACAAGGUGCGACGAGACUUUGAGGAUUACCUACGCCGGCCGGACGGCAAGCAGGAAUUCCUGGCCGCCUGGCAGCAGGAGUACAACGAGAUCGCCGAGGAUAUGAGGGAUGACGACGAGACUAAGUCGGAACUUCACCAGAGGGUCCAGGAUCUGAAGGAGCAGCUGUGGGAGAUGUCUGACAAUCGCAAGGUGGACGCGGAGACAGAGCGCACCUCAGUCAUGGAGGAAGGCUGGCUGGAGGACAGACUGGGCCUACUUACUAAUCACUACCUCACCCUCAUGCAGUCUGAGGUAGACCGCUACCAAGACACCCUCCGCCUCCUGAAGGACUACUACCAAGGCAUGGAAGGCAAGAUCCCCGAGGAGUUCGACUCGGCAUUCGUCCGCAUCCCCCUCAUCGAUCUCUCCACAGCCGUAGAGAGGCCCAGUUCGGCCCCUGUCAGCGCCCAGGCUAGCGAGUCAGUCACACGGGCCGUCACGCCUACCACGCCCUCCGCUAAGGGGAAGAAGGGGAAGGAACCACCCCCCGAGGAGGCCAAGGAUGAACUGGAGGAGGAGAAACCAAAGAUUCCCCUAGUCCCUCGUCGUCCCACCUCCACCGAGGGUUUCUUCCCGAGUCAGACUCCCGCGGGCAAAGCCGAGAAGGGAAGCAAGAGCCGUGCUGGCAAGAAGGAGAAAGAGAAGCCAGCUCCCGUGACUAGCCUGGAAGAGACCCAGGAGAGCCCACUGCCGCCGACCGACGCAGACGAGAAGUUAAUCUUUGAUGCCUUCCAAUUUGGGAUGAUGAAAAUAUCCGAGAUGACAGCGGCAGAGCUAGCAGCCCGCGAUGCCGAGGACGAAGCCGAGAAGCUCCGCGAGGCCGAGAAUUACAAGGAGAAAGAGAAAGGAGCCGCCAAGAAGCCCGGCAAGAAACGCAGCAAGAGCAAGUCCCCCUCGGGCAAACGGUCCCCGGCCGGCGGGAAGAAAUCCCCCAGCGGCAAGAAGUCACCCGUGGGGAAGAAGUCGCCCAAGAAGGGAAAGAAGACGGCUACUCCAACGCCUCCGCCUACACCACCGCCGGCAACUGAAGACACCCCGGAAGAGAGAGCUAAGAAGGAGUUGAGAGACAGGAUGAAGCAAGAAUACCUGGCAGCCAUCUCACAUGAAGAGGGUGGUUUGAAGAUGCGCAUGGAGCUGACCAAGACUCACGCCAUCGCCGUCCUCCAAGAGCUGAAGGCUAAAGCAGAGGAGGUCUACAAGGACAUGGAUGACUGGCUGGGAGGCCGCUUCCAACAAGAGAUGGACAGCAUUGACACGCUGGCUGAGGUACUCGGAGAGAACAUUGAGAAGAAAGAGAAGGUCCAACCAGAGCUAGUCUCCCUUCAAGAUGACUUCAUAGUCAACAAGGAAGUCAAGGUGUUCCGUACCCCGAGCCCCCCACCCCGGCCGUCCCCCACCGAGAUAGCCCAACCUGAUACCUUCACCGUCGACCAGAUGAGAGUGUUGCAUCAGCAGUUUGUUUGUUCGGCACCCUCGGGCUUCAUCUCCAAUAAGGGAUUCGUGGACACCCUGUCAGACAUGACUGCACUCACGCAUGGCACUGAAGCACUGCCAGAUAACUGGAUGGGUCUGAACUUGAAUCAGUUGGAGCAGCUAGCCGCCAUCCUGUCCCCAGACUGCGAGUACGUGGACUGGCGCACCUUCAUGCUGCAGGUAGCCCAGCCCUGGCCCCAGCCCUCCCAGGCACAGCUCCUGGACGCCUUGCAGGGAUUCAGGGCCAUGGACACCCUGAAUAUGGGAACCGUCACCAGGGAACAGUUUGAACAGGUCCCCCUGUGGUACACCACCGACCCCUCGCCCCCGGUGCCCGACGACCCCAGCAAGCCGCUGCCGUACGACCGUGUCACCCACGUCCAGAAGCUGUUCUUUGACAACUUUGCUGAUCACGCCGUGCAGCCUCCAGUGGUGGACUACACAAACAUGCUCCUGUACUUCAGCAUCGACCAGGACGCCAUGAACGGCUUGUUCCGAGCCCUCAGCAUCGCCUCCGGCAAGCACAUGCCCCGCCCCCGGCUGGAGGAGAUAGAGUCUAAGGAGAAGCAGCUGGAUCAGCUCAACGUCAUGAAAGAAGUGGUGGAGGUGAUAACAGGUGGCGAGAUCCGACUCCAAGACAAGAGGGUUGAGCCUAGCCUGGGCCCGCCGGAGGAAGGCAUACCAUCCAGUGCACUGCAUGCUACCGUGGACCUCAAGGCCUUAGUACAGGUGUUACACCACGGCCGCCCCACCCUGGGCGACAGCCACCGGUUCAGCGUGACCUCUGACCCUGAGGAUACCUUCUCCCAGGAGCGGCUGGCCAGCGUCUACCGUGAGCUGGGCGACAACAAGCUCAGCCCCGUGCCGUUCUUUACCCUGGUGGAUCACCCUAUCAUCCAGGAUUGCCUGGCCAUGUGCCACCGCUACAAGACACCUGAUUUGCGCCCAGUCUUUGCGGCUGCAACCACCACCAUCCUGAUUGACAACGAUGCAACCAGCAUUAUGUCCUGAGUCAAUCAGACAGCCAAUCAUACAGCCCUCUGUGACUCUACCCCUCCUCCCAUCAUCCCUAAGCCCCUCCCCUUCACUCCAAGCCCCUGUAUUUUGCCUCUGUAACCUUCCUCAAUCCUUCCUUAGCCCCUCUAAGGCGAUGCAAGCCUCUCCGUUUAGCCCUAACCACUUCAGUGCCUUGCUUCUCCCAAAUGUUCAUUGACUCCUCCCCUACACUCAUUAGCCCCUCCCCUACACUCUUUAACCCUUCCCCUCUGUAGCUCCACCCCUCUGUAGCUCCACCCCUCUGUAGCCCCACCCCUCUGUAGCCCAAUUCCUCUGUAGCCCCACCCCUCUGUAGCCCCACCCCUCUGUAGCCCCAUCCCUCUGUAGCCCCACCCCUCUGUAGCCCCUCCCCCUGUAGCCACACCCCUCUGUAGCUCCACCCCUAUGUAGCCCCACCCCUCUGUAGCCCCACCCCUAGACUUGAAGUGUGCAUACUAUGUAUACAUUUCCAGUUGUUUGAAUAGAAUUUAGGUUUCUAAGGUUUCUAUGCUUUAAAUAUAAUCAGUUGAUUUGGUUUGCUUAACCAUUUGGAUUUGCUUAUACAAAUAGUUUCGUUUAUUAUGUUUAUUAGAUUAUAUUUUGUAUGGGAGUGAUGAAUAUGCUAGUAAAAUAUUAUUCCGUCCAUUGGAUAUAAAAAUGUCUCAUUAGUUU